UGUGAGGCGGGCGAGGCGGACCCUGCUCGCUGCACCGGAGAGGGCGCACUGCAAAGGCGGGCAGCCGACCUAGGAGAGCCCGCGAGUGGAGUUGGACACCCACCGAGGUUAGAAAUGAGGUAGCGGCCGUUCCCAGAGCGGACCAUGGGCGCGUCCCGCCCGCGGAGACCAGCGCUACCUUGGCCAAGCCAGCCGGGACAGUGAGGCGGCCGAGCGCGAGUCCCAAUGAGCGGAGAUGCAGUGAGCGGCUGCCGGACUGCUGUGCGGGGCCCGGCGCGGCCAGCCGGACCUGCCAUCUGACCGCACUUUGGGCAAGCUGCUGAUUCUGGGACCAGCCCAGCUUAAGGGCUCUCAGUCUCCAGCACCCCUUGGGGUAGGGAACACUGGCCCUGCGGCACACUCACUGUAGAGUUCCCGAGAUUUCUGGCCCCAGGCCCGGGGUUUGUGUGUGUGCCAGGGGCCCCUUUUCACUCUUGCUGGGGAGUCCCUACAUAUUCUCGCACCAUUCCAGGUGCUUUUGAUGGGGCUCCCUUUAUUUAUUUGCACGCGCGCAUCUCGUGUCUUUCUAAGACAUUUUGCUCCACUCCCGUUCCCUCUUUCUUUCCUUUUGCUGCUUGCCUGAGACUCUGCCCUGGUCCUCGCCCCGGCUGGGGUAGUCUGUGUCUGUGUGUGUGUGUAUGUGUGUGCGCGCGCGGGCUUUCCCCCUCCCCCAUUUUCUUCUCUUUUAAAAAUUCUACCCCCACCUCCUGCGGGAUUCCUUAUACACAUUUCUCCUCCUCUCCUCCCAACUCCCUACCACUGGGCCUCUCCCAGCUGAGUUUUAUUUUUCGGUCUUGCCCGGGCCGAGGCGGGUGGCUUAGCGGGGCUCGCAUCCGGCGCUCCGCCGCCGCCGCCCAGUUGUGCCGGGGCGCCCUUCGGAGAUGCUGCCGUGGAAGAAGCACAAGUUCGAGCUGCUGGCCGAGGCGCCGCCGCGGCAGGCGUCCAAGCCCAAGGGCUACGCUGUGAGCCUGCACUACUCGGCGCUCAGCUCGCUGGCGCGGGCUUGCCCCGAAGGCGCGCUUAGCCGAGUGGGCAGCAUGUUUCGCUCCAAGCGCAAGAAGCUACAUAUCACCAGCGAAGACCCCACUUACACCGUGCUCUACCUGGGCAAUGCCACCACCAUCCAGGCGCGCGGCGACGGCUGCACCGACCUAGCCGUGGGUAAGAUCUGGAGCAAGAGCGAGGCCGGCCGUCAGGGCACCAAGAUGAAGCUGACGGUGAGUGCGCAGGGUAUCCGCAUGGUGCACGCUGAGGAGCGCGCGCUGCGCCGGCCGGGCCACCUCUAUUUGCUGCACCGCGUCACCUACUGCGUGGCGGACGCGCGGCUGCCUAAGGUCUUCGCUUGGGUGUACCGACACGAGCUAAAACACAAGGCGGUGAUGCUGCGCUGCCACGCUGUGCUGGUGUCCAAGCCCGAGAAGGCGCAAGCUAUGGCCCUGCUACUCUAUCAGACAUCAGCCAACGCGCUGGCGGAAUUUAAACGCCUCAAGCGGCGGGACGACGCGCGUCACCAGCAGCAGGAGCUGGUGGGCGCGCACACCAUCCCGCUAGUCCCGCUGCGCAAGCUGCUCCUGCACGGACCUUGCUGCUACAAACCGCCGGUGGAGCGCAGCCGCAGCGCGCCCAAGCUUGGCUCCAUCACCGAAGACCUGCUCGGCGAACAGCAGGAGCAGGAGCUGCAGGAGGAGGAGGAAGAGGAGCAUCCGGUGGGCUGCCUGGAGGAAGAGGACUGUACCGGGGAGGGAGAGCCAGGACUGGAGGAGGCCGAGGCGCAGCAGGCGCUGGUGGUGGCCAUGCACUUAGAGUGCGGGGACUUGCUGGACACGCUGGAGAAUGGCCGCGAGGAGGCGCUGGGGGGCGGCGGGGGCUCGAUGGGUCCGGGAGCCGGGCCUCCGCCUCUGCCGUUGGGCAGCGCCUCCGACAUGAAGGCCGAGCUGUCGCAGCUUAUUAGCGACCUGGGCGAGCUCAGCUUCGGCAACGACGUGCGCACCCUGCAGGCGGACUUGCGGGUGACGCGCCUGUUGUCGGGCGAGAGCACCGGCAGUGAGAGCUCCAUCGAGGGCGGGGGCCCAGACGCCACCUCCGCCACCACCGUCGGGGACUCGCCCGGACCCCCCGAUAGCGCCAGCCUGGACGAACCCCAUUCGGGCUGAGCUCCCUGCAGACUCUUUUGUACGCCCCCGGCCGUCUGUAGUCGGACAGCCUCCCUGUUCCCUGCCCGCCCCCAGGAAAGGGGAAAUGGGGCAUAGGAGGCCCUGACCUACACCUAGGCCCAGGCCGAGAAUUCCCCCUGGCUGCUCCCCCCUUCCCUCGCACCAACCCUUUAGGUUCUGUUUGAGGCGGACUCAGGUUGCGUUUGGGGAUGUGGACAGAUUUAAGAGAGGGGAACACCCUUCGAGAAGGGAGAGACCAGCCUUCUGCGGGGGGAUGAAGGAAGGCCGGCAGGGCUGAACUUAGCAAAAGACUCCCUUGCUGGCCAGUUUCCUGUUUGUGGGGCAGCUGAGGCCUGAGGAGGAGGGGUUAACUUCCUCCCCCUGCCCCCUGGGAGUGGCCUUGCCCUGUCAUUGACAUGUCAUUGAAAAAAAAAAAAAAGAAUCUGCUCUCAACAACGUUUGCGACUUCAAUGCCACCCCUUUGCUCCCAGUUCUUUUCGGUGCAAGAGCUUGGGCUGUUUACCUCAAGACUCAAACCCUUGAAAUUCUGCCAAAUUCCUCAAAUAACUGUUGGGGUGGGGGGCGAUGAAAGAAAGUUGCAUUUUGUUUACAGUUAAAGACAUCCAAUAUCUGGAAAAGGAGUUUUCCUUUAGAAACACACACACACACCCUCUCCUCUUGCCCAAAAGAUCUCACUCCAUGAUACUGUGUAAAAUAUUUUUGCACUGUUGUGAAGUAUUUUUGACAUCUUUAUUUUGUACAUAACUGUGUUCUCAGAGCCGAGUGUUUAUAUCUUUUGCUGUGCAAAAGAAACAUGUAAAUUGUUGUUCAGUUGUAUAUACAGAAAUGUGUAUAAAACAUUUUGUUAUUUUUUAAAAGUA